AAGGUGUUUGUUGUCUGUAGGUGUUGAGGCAGAUGAGGAAGCUUCCCUGGCACGACCCCGAUGUGAAGAGUUACCUGAUCUGCUGCAUGAUCAACAUCUGGAACGUCAAAUACAACAGCAUCCACUGCGUGGCCAACCUGCUGGCCGGUCUGGUGGCGUAUCAGGAGGAUGUGGGCAUUCAUGUGGUGGACGGCGUGCUGGAGGACAUCCGCCUCGGCAUGGAGGUGAACCAGCCCAAGUUUAACCAGCGGCGCAUCAGCAGCGCUAAGUUCCUGGGCGAGCUGUAUAACUACCGCAUGGUGGAGUCUGCGGUCAUCUUCCGCACGCUCUUCUCCUUCACCUCGUUCGGCGUGAGCACGGACGGCUCUCCCAGCCUGCUGGACCCGCCCGAGCACCUGUUCCGCAUCCGUCUGGUCUGCACCCUGCUGGACACCUGCGGCCAGUACUUCGACCGCGGCUCCAGCAAGAAGAAGCUCGACUGCUUCCUCAUUUACUUCCAGGUGAGGUCUCCUGUGAUUGGUGGAGAGAGCUGGGCUGUUUGUAGAGUCAAGUCAUGA